UACAUGGGUCAGGGAGAGUUUACAGCAAAUUCAACAGGCAGGGCGGAACUGCUGUUUGCACUGAGGAGCACAGACAGCCUGGCACAUACACACGUCUAAACGGCUGCGGUUAGUCUGCCAGUGUGAGAGGUUAAAUCCCGAGGUUUUUUUCCCCCAACGAUAAGGCGGACAUUAUCGCGGCUUGUUUAAUGCGGUUCUGGAGGUGUUUGAACUUCCCUCACAUUUCCCCCGACGCAUUUCCACGAAGGGAGGCGGCAGCGGAUCGCUCGGCAGCCAUCUUUGGACCUGUCUGGGAGUGGGAUCUCUGGCACCCCAGUUACUUGAAGGGUGGGGAUUUUAACCUGUAACAAUUCACAAAUGUGCGCGUUAUAAUCGACUGACAGCGUGAAGAACCACAAGGAUUUGGCGCACGAAGUUGCCUCGCUGGUGAUGAAACUGAGGGGAUACUUUUCAAAUCCCAAACUGUUUUGAAUUAGCGACAUUCUCCACAGCGCUGAAGCCUGGCCUGUCAAAAGAGGUUCUGAACACAUAUGAAACCACUGUCCUGCAGAUGAGUCAUCAGUGGGGGCUUUCACGUCGCUGUCGCAGACCCAGAUAGUUCCUGGCGGCAGCGGCAUUGCCCCCAACCCCUAAUUAUGCCCAAUAACAGUCGGGCGGGGAACCUCAAGGACCCCGAAAUUGCUGAACUCUUCUUCAAGGAGGACCCAGAAAAGCUCUUUACGGAUCUUCAUGAAAUUGGACAUGGCAGCUUUGGUGCUGUAUAUUUUGCACGGGACGUGCAGACAAAUGAUGUGGUGGCCAUCAAGAAGAUGUCAUAUAGUGGGAAGCAAUCCAGUGAGAAGUGGCAAGACAUAAUCAAAGAAGUGAAAUUCCUGCAACGAAUACAACACCCAAACACCAUAGAGUACAAAGGAUGCUACCUACGAGAGCACACUGCAUGGCUGGUAAUGGAGUAUUGCCUUGGCUCUGCUUCCGAUUUGUUAGAAGUUCACAAGAAACCUCUGCAGGAAGUUGAAAUAGCUGCAAUUACACAUGGUGCUCUUCAAGGUUUGGCUUAUCUUCACUCCCAAACUAUGAUUCACCGAGAUAUCAAGGCAGGAAACAUCUUGCUGACAGAGCCAGGGCAGGUAAAACUAGCAGAUUUUGGCUCUGCUUCCAUCGCCUGUCCUGCGAACUCCUUCGUUGGGACUCCAUAUUGGAUGGCCCCAGAAGUAAUUUUAGCCAUGGAUGAAGGUGAAUAUGAUGGAAAGGUGGAUAUUUGGUCUAUGGGUAUAACCUGCAUUGAAUUAGCUGAGAGGAAGCCGCCACUCUUUAACAUGAAUGCAAUGAGUGCCUUAUACCAUAUAGCACAGAAUGACAGCCCCACACUGCAGUCGAGUGAAUGGACGGAUUAUUUCCGAAACUUUGUAGAUUCUUGCCUUCAGAAAUUACCCCAGGAUAGGCCAAACUCUGAGGAGCUUCUAAAGCAUGCAUUUGUCCAGCGUGAGCGACCGGAAUCGGUUUUAAUAGACUUGAUAAGCCGGACAAAGGAUGCAGUACGGGAGCUAGACAAUCUGCAGUAUCGGAAGAUGAAGAAGAUCUUGUUUCAGGAAGUCCACAAUGGCCCAACAACACAAGAUGAAGAGGAGGAGCCAGAACCAAGUGUGAGUAGGACCGGUACAGUGAACAGUGUAGGGAGCAACCAAUCCAUCCCCAGUAUGUCAAUCAGUGCCAGUUCGCAGAGCAGCUCUGUUAAUAGUUUAACAGAUGCAGGCGAUGACAAAAGUGAGGCAGACAUCGAAGGGGACCACACAGUAAUGUCCAACAGCUCUGUCAUACAUGUCAAACAAGGAGAAGAGACGUGUAACCAAGAUUUACAGACUCACAACCAGCCAACUGAGCAGCAGUCCCCUCCUCCACACACGCCACGGCCAAGAAGAAACCGUGAACACUUUGCCACAAUACGCACAGCUUCAGUGCUCACUCGCCAGAUUAAGGAGCAUGAGCAAGAUUCUGAGUUAAGAGAGCAGAUAUUAGGCUACAAGCGCAUGAGGCGACAGCAUCAAAAACAGCUGAUGGCUCUUGAAAACAAGCUGAAGACUGAAAUGGACGAGAACAGACUCCGUCUGGACAAGGAACUGGAGAAUCAGAGGAAUAGCUUCGCCCAAGAGAUGGAGAAACUGAUCAAGAAACACCAAGCGUCAAUGGAGAAAGAUGCAAAAACCUUUAGCAAUGAUGAAAAGAAGUUCCAGCAACACAUCCAGAGUCAACAGAAAAAAGAGCUCAACAGCUUUCUUGAAAACCAGAAACGGGAAUACAAACUUCGCAAGGAGCAACUUAAAGAGGAAUUGAAUGAAAACCAGUCAACUCCCAAGAAAGAAAAGCAGGAGUGGUUGUCCAAACAGAAGGAGAACUUCCAAAACUAUCAAGCAGAAGAAGAGGCCAAUUUACAGCGCAGACAGAGGCAGUAUCUGGAGCUAGAGUGCCGCAGGUUCAAAAGGAGGAUUUUGACUACUCGCCACAGAAUCGAAAAGGAUCUAUUGCGAGAGGAGCUAAGUAAGCGUCAAACCCAGAAGGACUUGGAACAUGCUAUGCUUCUCCGGCACCACGAGUCCAUGCAAGAGUUGGAGUUCCGCCAGCUAAACAACAUCCAAAAGACGAGGGCUGAGCUGACCCGACUACAGCACCAGACGGAGCUUACCAAUCAGCAGGAGUACAACAAGCGAAGGGAGAGAGAACUUAGACGCAAACAUGCUAUGGAGGUUCGCCAGCAACCCAAAAGUCUCAAGUCCAAAGAGCUACAGAUCAAGAAGCAGUUCCAGGACACUUGCAAGAUCCAGACUAGGCAGUAUAAAGCACUGAGGAACCAUCUGCUGGAGACGACACCAAAGUCGGAGCACAAAGCUGUCCUUAAACGGCUGAAGCAAGAGCAGCACCGCAAACUUGCCAUUUUGGCCGAGCAGUAUGACCACUCUAUCAAUGAAAUGCUUUCUACUCAGGCGCUUCGUCUGGAUGAGACUCAGGAGGCUCAGUACCAAGCCCUACGAAUGCAGCUACAGCAAGAGCUGGAGCUUCUCAACGCCUACCAGAGCAAGAUCAAGAUGCAGACAGAUGCCCAGCAUGAGCGUGAAAAGAAAGAUCUGGAGCAGAGGGUGUCACUCCGAAGGGCCCUGCUGGAAACAAAGAUUGAGGAAGAAAUGCAGUCCUUGCAGAAUGAAUGCUCAGCGCGAAUCCAGAGCGUGCUGGAACGCCAAGCCAGAGAAGUUGAGGCUUUUGACUCUGAGAGUAUGCGCCUAGGCUUUAGCAACAUGGUGCUAUCAAACAUCUCUCCAGAGGCCAUGGGCAAUAACUUUCCUGGGGCUCAAGUAAGUUGGUGUCAACAUCAGCAGCAGCACCCAUCUGGAAGCUCUCAAGGUGCACACUGGGGCAGCAGCAGCUCAGGUGCAGGGUUCAGUCACCAAGGCAGUUACCAUCGAUAUCACUCCAGUCCAGGAGGGGCAUCUAUGCAACAUGGCUGGGGACAGGGCAUACAGGGAGGAGGGGAUUCGACACCAUGGGGCCACCCAUCAGCUGGAGUUCUGGGCGCACGCACUAGUGGUAUUCAGAACAGCCCCCAGGGGAUGGGAAGGACACCCUCGGGAGGGCACAGUGAGCAGGGAAUGAGCAGGAGCACCAGUGUGACCUCUCAAAUAUCUAACGGGUCCCACCUCUCCUACACAUAGAUCCCUCAUCAGCCAUGGAAUCAAGAAUCCAAGUGCGGGGAAUCUAAAAACACAUCAAGGCAGAGCUCUAUUGCUCCGUCUUUCUCAGACACUACCCCACCAUUUACCAUUUCUCCCAUGUACAGAUGUGGAUGUGUGAUGAAAUAAAUGUUGCUCAGGUCAAAAGGGCUGGAAAAAGCACAGCCCGCCCUCACGGCAGUUUAUCGGCACACAUACAGAUCCUUAAAAUUUAUGUUGCAUAAGCAGUUUGAGUGUCAAUAUGUUACUUUCAUUUUUGUUUAGUUACAGUUCUCUCCUAAGGAGGAUUUAAAAGAAUAAAAUAAAGAAACAAAAAAAACAUAAGUUUGUGCUACUCACAGCCAUUGCUCUCAUUUUGCACAUGAAACACUGUUAAAAGCCUUUGACAUGUGUUAAUUUUGUCCUUUUUUUAAAUGUAUCAAACAAUCACAGAACUGAUUUUAUUCAGGACCUCCCUUCUUCACUCUCCCCAUUCGUAUUCAGUAAUACACUGGGCAAUUGUUUGAUGGUGGUUACGAACGCAGCAGAGUGAGUGAAGAUGCUUGUGAUGCCAGCCUGCUGUAAUGGUCGUCAUGAUGACUUCGAUUCCUCUUAUCUUAGUUAGUUUUCUUUCCUCUACCAAAACGAAACAUUACAGAUUCAGAGCCAAAUAAUCUAGUCUUAACUGUUUCACACAUGCUACAACUAUCCUACAGUGCCUUUUUAACCUAUGAUAACUGAAAUUAGUCUCAGAUCUUUAUAGUUUAAAUUUCCUUCUUCCAUUUCUUAUCAGUGUUAGCUUCUUUUGUUUAGCCUAUUUUAGCAGGUUUUCAGACAUUUUCCUCAGAUUCUCAUAUUCAGUACAGUUUAAGUCCUAUGUAUGUCGAGAAACAGAACAUUGCUGGUGCAUAUCUGCAACCAGUUCUCAUGCCUUCACAUGGUACUUGAGGGGGAAACCCUUGCGUUACAGAGAAUGUCACUGUACAUGUUCUCAGAAGGAAUUGUGACUUAUUGGCCUUCAUAAAGAAUCCUAAUAGACAUCUGUUUAUUUUUAUUAGUGCCUUUUAAAACUGCUGCCUUGUUCAAAGCACUUUAUACAACUAAAUGUGUGUGAGAUUUAAUAGUUGACUUCUUUUCGCAAAGCACCUGGUGAGUGAUCAUUGGUACGCAUAUUGUUAAGUUUAGGAGUCAGACUUAGAUGUGCUGUGAUCCAUUUUCUUUUUUUCUUUAGAGCAAUUUCCCAAGUACAGAGUACAACUACACCCAAUACAAUUGUAACUAAGGAGAUUGCCAGUCAGUGAAGCUAUGGCUGUUGUUGCUCUCAGUUGUGUUUAUGUUAAAUUCAGAGUGAAGAGAAUAUGUGAGGAUGGUGCUUUUUUUUGUGUGUGUGCGCGUAUGUUUUGGCUAGAGUUUCUAUGAACUGAAGCGAUUAAACUGGAGAGUUUAUUAUGGCAGGCAGGAAGUUAGAGUUAAUUGUCAUGACCAUAACAGCAGGCUUGGCACAACUAAAUAUGAAAACACUGGGCCCAAGUAAGCAACACUAAUAAUUUAAAAGGUGCUAAGUUAAUAAUGUUACACCAAGUCAUUGAACCCCAAAACUUGGGUGACUGAAUUGAGCACAUGCUUGCAUUUUGACGUUGUAGCAUGUAAAACUUAGUCAGUGCACAGUUAAAAAAAAAAAA